GUGGACGACUGGAGGGGCUCUGGAGAAAGAAUGAGCAUUCAUUCGUGCACCUGAGUGCUGCUGCCAUGCCAGAGUGAGAGCCGCCUCUUGCAAAUGAUGGAUUCUUGUUUUGUGCCUCUGGAGAUCAACUGAAUUGUGGCUGCAGGACUUGACACAAUGGAGAACAACACAACCGUAUUUCAAGAUGCCACUCAGGUUUUAAAUCUGACAGAAAUACCUCUGAACCCUCUUGAAGAGCAGGUCAUAACAAUAUUUUUGACAGUACUCAUCUGUGUAGUUGGGAUUGCUGGGAACAUUAUGGUGGUGCUGGUUGUGCUGCGCACUAAACACAUGGUGACCCCGACUAACUGCUACCUCGUCAGUCUGGCCGUCGCAGACCUCAUCGUGCUCCUGGCGGCAGGGCUGCCUAACAUCUCUGAUGUUGUAGCCUUCUGGAUAUACGGGUACACGGGAUGCUUGUGUAUAACUUAUCUUCAGUAUCUGGGCAUCAACGUGUCGUCCUGCUCCAUCACAGCCUUCACCAUCGAGCGAUACAUCGCUAUUUGUCACUCCAUAAAGGCACAGUUCAUAUGCACCGUCUCCCGGGCCAAGAGGAUCAUAGCUGCCGUCUGGAUCUUCACCUCACUCUACUGCAUCAUGUGGUUCUUCUUAGUGGACACAGAUGAAACCGUCUACACCAAUGGAGUGGUCGUCACUUGUGGCUACCGUGUCUCCAGGAGCUUCUACAUGCCGAUCUAUUUUCUGGACUUCACUUUGUUCUAUGUGAUCCCUCUCAUUGUGGCCACUGUGCUGUACGGGCUCAUCGCCAGGAUUUUGUUCAUGAGCCCCCUGCCCUCGCAUCUGAACGACAGAGCUGGAGGAGGGUCGGUUCACCAGGGUCACUCCAACAGCACUAACAAGGCCAAUAAGGGUGCAGUCUCUGCAAGGAAACAGAUAACAAAGAUGCUGGCUGUGGUGGUCAUCCUCUUCGCCUUGCUCUGGAUGCCUUACCGAACCCUGGUGGUGGUCAACUCCUUCAUCGACCCUCCUUACACCAACACCUGGUUCCUGCUCUUCUGUCGCAUGUGCAUCUACACCAACAGCGCAAUCAACCCCAUCAUUUACAACCUCAUGUCUCAGAAGUUUCGCGUUGCCUUUAAGAAGCUCUGCAAGUGCAACUGGCAAAAAAAGGAGAAGGCGGUGGAGUACAACGCGCCGAUGUAUUACAGCGUGAUGAAGGAUUCGUCCCACGAGAGCAACGAGCUGGUCACGGAGCAGGAGGACGUGAGCGGCCACACCAACAAGAGGCUCAACGAAACAGAUGAUGACGCAAGCACGUUUAGUGUUUCUUAAUAAAAGCUUUGAUGAGUUUGUUGGCUUCAUUAGAAUUAGGAAAUUAUCUGUGAAAAUCUUUUGUUUUAAUGUUUAACGUUGCUGUUAUUUCCACCUGUUAGAAAAAAAAAUGAUUUACUGACCAACAUCUGAAGAUAUUCCUCUUGUUUGCAGGUUGUAUUUGUGGUGUGGUAGUUGUGGUACUUUUGCAUCAGUAUUGUAACUGUGUUGUAAAUAUAGUAUGUGAGACCAGGCUUUAAUGUACCUCACCCUGGGACAUAAUGUGCAUCAUCAUGUGCAUUACCAUUACACAUAAACAAGUGGUUCUUUGAAGUGUUUUUGGAAAUAUUGUACUCACAUGAAAAGAAGAAUGACUGGGAAAAAUAGAUAUUUAAUGUGACAUGUAAGAUGCUGUGGUUGCAUAUUUUGAAUUUAUGUCCAGACUUUUUGGUCCAGAACACUGAACUAAACAAAUUGUCAGCAUAAUGUGUGUCUAGAUAAGUACACUCAUGGUUUUUUAAUGGUUACACUCUCAGGCUGGAGUGUACUCAACUGUAUCACACACAGUUCCACAGCACUGAUAAUCACACAGUCAUACAUAUUUAUCUUUUCUUUUAACACUUGUUUGUACAUUAAUCUCAUUUUAACAAGACAAUAUUUACAGUACAGACAACAACAGAGAGAGGUUUAAUCAAGCUGCAUCCACCAAACUAUUCUGGUAUUUAAUUAAAAGGUUUCAUUGGUGAGG